AUCAAAAUUUCGUCCGACGUGAAUUAAAACAAAAUGUUCAGUCAGAUGAAAUGUUAUGCUUUUUAGGUGAUUCUUGCAGGAUGUUUAAAUUUAGUAAUAGGGAAAACUGAUCCUUUUUCAAGUAGGAUUUAUCUUGACAAAGCUGAAGCGCAGGGAAAGAUUGGUAAUACUUUUCAAACGUUUCUAUGUUAAGAAUAAAGUUACUUUAUGUUGAAUGUUGCUUUUAGAAUCAAUAUUGCUCGUUUACUUUUUUGUCGAAGUGAAUAAAUUCUACUGACGUAGUUCUGCACGUUUGAUAAACAGGAAGCCAUGAUGUGAUGUCGUUUACCCGGGCGAUUUAGAGUAAAGCCUUGACUCAAAGUACGGAAAGGAAAAUCAUCCUGUGUAUAAAUGAUGGAGUAUAUUUGUAUAAAUAUGAAAACGUUAAGAUGAAAUCUGAUAUGCUGACAUGUGAACAAUUUCAAAUAAUGGUUUAAAAAUCCGCAGGUUAUUUCUAUAUCAAGUCAACAAAUUUGCUAUUUAAGUUCCAUUUUGAACCUUAUCAGGAGGGAACGUAUACAUGAAAGGUUAAUUUUGUCCAAUCUCAAGACUGUAAACUUACAUAUUCUCUUUUCUAACAAUUAUGCUAAACAUUGACACUACACAGUCUCCAUUGAGGGAACUGCAUCAAAAUAAAGAAACAAACCUUCAACCAGAAAAGGUUAUUGACAAUCUUGCUAAGAUCCUAAAUGACCUUACAUCCAAAUUAGACAUGCAAGGAAAACACAUUUUGUCUCUUCAGGAGAGCGUUGAGGAACUUGCCAGAUCGAAUUCCGAAAACGAAAAUAGUUUGAAAGACCUGAAUGCAGAAGUAAGCGAAUUGAAAAGAGCGGUUGCAACGAAAGACGAUAUCAUAAGAAGCAUGGAUAUUAACUUUACGCGACAAGUCGAGGAGACUGAAAAAUUGAAAACAGAGUUCUCUGAACUGCAGAAUAAAUUAAAUGGGUUACAGUCAUACAUAUCAAAAGAUGAAUCUGGACCAGAAGAAAUGAAAUUUCAAGACUAUGAAUACAGAUCUGACCAAUCGAAUAAAAACACAAUUGAUUCCAAUGGUUCAAAUCUAAAUACCUCAACUGGAAGGAAACAAGAAGAUCGGCAAAAUUUAAGCGAAGAAAUUCUGCUGAAUGGAACAAUAGAUAUGCAAACCAGGACAUACAUUUACCGCAAUAAUGCGGAACGUUGGACAAGAAGUGUUUCACAGGUUGCGUUCCACGCAGUGGUUCUUACACCAGUUGAUCACCUUGGUCGUGGACAAACUGUAGUUUUUGAUACUGUUCGCUUGAACCUAAGUGGAGGUUAUAACCGAUUCACUGGCAUCUUCACUGCUUCAAAACCUGGUCUUUAUUUAUUUUCGUUAUCUGUGUUGAGCUACACAGACCCAAAACCUAAGUUCAAUGUUUUUAUUGUAAAGAAUGGAGGUUCGUUAGCUAAAGUAUAUGGGCAUGGUGGUUCUUCUGGCAAGCGGUCUCAAGGCUCCGUUACUGUUGUGAUGCAGCUAAAUAAAGGGGACCAUGUAUGGGCUAGAAAUGUUAAUGUUCACGAUGCCUCUAUUGGUGGCUGGGGGUACACAAGUUUCACAGGUGUUUUACUCUCUGCUAUAUGACAUUGGUGUAAAAGAUGCUUUUAAGCAAAGACAAUAUAUACAAAUCCUUCCCAUUGAGAUAUGUUUAAUAUCAUUCAUAAUCAUAUAAAAUACAUAAAAUCGUCGAUAUAUACUGCUAGACUCUGUAUUAUAUCGCAGGAACUGGACAUUACCACUUCGUUGUACUUUGCAAUGUUUAAAAUAUGGUCCUUUCAAAGCUAUGGUUCCAGACGACCACAUUAUAUGACGAAAAAUGAACAAUAAAGUAGUUAUCAGCGGGA